CCGUCUGAUUGUGACUGCCCAGAAACUUGAUCCGUCCCUAUACACAUAGAAACUCCGUUACCGUUUUCUUUGUAAAGUUUGCAACUGAAAGGCUUCUUCCUCUUCUUCUCUUCUUCUUUGUGUUGUCUUUCAUUUAGCAUAUUGUUACUCUCUCUCUCUGUUUCUCUCUCACUGUUUCUAUUUGUGAACUGUGAAACGACGCUGUUUUGUUACUCUGAUUGAUUUGAUGGUGUGCGAUUCUCUGUGAACUUGUGGUGAAUCCGGCGAUGAUUGAGCUAAUUCGACGUGAAGUGUUUGAUUCCGGUUUCUGUUUUGUGGAUUAUUUUGCUCAAUUUAUAAGAAAUGUUUGAUUGGAACGACGAAGAGCUUGCUAAUAUAAUAUGGGAUGAGGGAGGUGAGAGUGAUGACCAUAUUGUGCCUUUUCCUGAGGCAAGUGAAGAUGUUAGAAACAAGAAAGAAGUAAAUCAGGAAUCAGCUGUGUGUAAGCUUAGCAAGCUGAAGCAACCAGAGGCUAAAACUGAUUUUCAUGAAAAACUAGGAAGCAGUUCCAACCUUGAUAAUAGUGGAGGACUACCUGACUCAGGAUACGGAGAAACCUCAUGGCAUGACCUGUCUUUAUCCAGUGCAACUAAAAUUGAGCAGGGUUCUCUGGGUACUGAACUAUCUACACAUCGAGGUGAACUUAGCAAACUCAGUACAUCAAGAGGUGAAGAGACCACAUAUCAUGAAAAGGAUGCUGAUUUUUUUCAAAAUGCUGAAGAAGGUAAAGAACAAGGUGAUUUUGUUGAUUAUGACUGGGCUAACAUAGGAAGUUUUGAUGACCUUGAUCGAAUUUUCAGCAAUGAUGACCCCAUAUAUGGCCAUGUAAGUCUUGAUAAUUCUGAUGAGCUUUGGUCCUCUAAAGAUGUGAGUAACAAUCAAGCACCUGUACUCUUGGACACACCAAGUCCCACAGAUGCUUUAAGGAAUAGAUCAGGGCCUUUGGAUAUUAAAGAAGAACAUGGUCAUUGUAAUGAUCGAUCAUUUUCCCUUAGCUACGAAAAUAUUUCUGGCCCUACAUAUCAAAGUAUACAAAAUUCACCCACUACCACUGCUAAUGUGGAACGUGCUGGAGAUAGACGUAAGCCUACUGGAAAAGAGCAGCAGAUUUAUAGGCCAAUGAAUCAGUUGAAAACUCAGAAAAAAUCACAAAUAAAACAAGAGGGGAAAGGUUUGCAGGACUUUUAUGGUAAUUGGUCCUCUUCAGCGACAUCGGCAAGACAGUUUGAGAAUCAAUUGACACCUUCUGUCUUGCAAUCUUCUUCCUCUUCAAUUCUUGGGCAACUGAAGCAACUCCCAGGACCUGAAACACUAUAUCAGAACAUCAUAAAUCCAUAUUUGGCACCUUUUGUGUAUGGUAAUCUUACCAACACAUAUCCUGCAAUGCCAAUGCUAUCACAGAUUCAGUUGGGAAAUCUUAGGCAUCAGUAUGUGCUUUCUGGGUAUGAAACAUCUCCUGGUAUGGUGAAUCCCUUGAAAAGUUAUGAGGGCUUAGUCAAGCCUCAAACUAUGACUCCUCAGGAGAAAAUUGAAAAAUUGAGGCGGCGGCAGCAAAUGCAGGCAAUGCUAGCUAUUCAGAAACAACAGCAAGUAUUGGGCCACCAAGUUCCUUGCACUAGUAAAUCCAUCGCUCAAAAAUGCCACCCAGAAAUUCAAACUCAUCUUAGCGAUAGGACUGAUCCUAACAUUGAAGAUCUAAAUACUCUUCCUGCUCCAGACCUGCCAAUUGAACAAGAUGAUUCUAAUACAAUAUCUCUGGCAAUUGAUGAUGAUUUUGUUGAAGAAACCAUACUGCACAGGCUUCAGGAUAUUAUAUCAAAGUUAGAUGUCAAAACAAGACUCUGCAUCAGAGAUAGCUUGCUUCGGCUGGCACAAAGUGCAAUGCGAAGACAUUAUUCUAGUGACACAAGCAGUACAAACAAAAAUAACAAAGAAGAACAUGAAGUUUUUGCAAGAGAAGAAAGCAGUACCCAGAAUAGAUGUGCCGGGAUGCCUGAUGUUGAAACAGAGACGAAUUCCAUUGAUCGAACUGUGGCUCGUUUACUCUUUCAUAGGCCUGUGGAGUUGAAGGGAAAUUUUUCUGACAAACUGGAGUCGCUCAUUUCUACUAAGGUGCAAUGUAAAAGCAAAACAGCUAACCAAGUGAACUUUCCCAUGAGGUGCUUAAAAGAGGAGGACUUGAGAAGUAAUGAACAAUUUUCUCACCUUGGGUUAGAGAAUCCCUGUCCAUCUUUUGAGGUACAGCCUAUGGAUCAAAUUAAAAAUAGUUCAUGCAUGGAUACUUCAGAGAAUGCGUCUAACCCACAGGAGCUUGAAGCCUCUCAAUGAAGAAAGAAGUGCUGCUGAACAUGAGGGGUGACUUCAUCAAACUUUGAAGGUAAAAAAGAUUGUUGCUGGCUUUCUGAUCAUGUAUAUGCCUACAUCGCUGCUUUAAGUUGUUUUCGGGCUUGCUCACAGCCCGUGAGCUUAAUAGGCCCAUGGCUAAGUAAUCAUAUCUCUAAUCUAUAUAUAGUCUAAAGAUUGUGGUCGAAGUUGAUGCUGCAUUUUCCGUAUGACCUUGAAAACUCUGUCAAUAGUUGAUGCACGAUGAGAACAACAGCCAUGAGGAAAAUGGUCACGGGUCUACACUUAAUUUUCAUUUGGAGAUAGAAAAAUGUAGACUUAAUUGCAAUUUUUGUCCAUAUAUUUUCACUAAUUCACGUCAUUGGUCCAUUUAUUUUAAAAUUUUUUAACUAAAAAAUAGUGAUGUGAUAUAA